AAAGGAAGCAGAAAUGAGAUCUACAAUGAGAUCUAUAUAAUCAAGGUUGUUGUCACAGCAGUUGCUGUUAGCUGUACAGGGCAAGUGUGCUCAAUUGCCACAAUGAGGAAUCUUGUAAAAAUGGACACCAUAGUCUUCUGCCUGCAGCUACUGGAGGAGGUGGUUAGAGUGGGCACACAGCCCCUCCCCUGUCCCCCGGGGACUGAAGGAGAAAAGAGCUUGAUCCAAAAGGAGGAUUGCAUUGUUUUGUAACAUGCAGUUGCCUUUUUGUCCUUGCUCAUGAACUGGUGGUGGCCUCAAAGUUGGACAGCUCAACCCCUGAAGAGCCCCUCUGAGAGUCACCCCACUGCAUCCACUCCUGAGGUAUCUGCGUGCAGACUCACGUGGUGCCCAUACGCACUGUACUGUGUGGCUGUGGUGUGUAAUCAAGUGUGCUGUGACCAGGGGCCCAGGCUAGCCAGGCUUACCAGAGCAGACAGAUGGUGGCUAGUGCUUAAAAAAAGGAUACACUUCGGGAGAAAAAAGGACAUUUCAGAUAAAAUCACAGAUGCAAAAGCUGGUGUAUAUAGGUAGACAUGAGAAUAAAUUUCAUCCGCCCAUAUGUUCCACACAUGUGUUAGGUCCUGCUAUGUGCCAGGUGCCACCAACCCCUCAGUAAGUGUAGUGAGGAAGAGUCCCUGAGGGAGACAGUCAUGCCAGGACCUUUGGAUUUCCUGUCUCCACCACAUGGAACACUCUUCUCCCAAGUCUUUGUGAGGCUCACCCCCUCACUUCAUCUAAGCUUCCGUUCAAAUGUCAUCUCCUUGCAGAAGACUUCCCCGGUCAGCUCAUCUAAAACAGCGUGGCCUCAGUCCCUCUGUCCAUUUAUCUUGCUUUGUUUCUCUCCAUAGCGUUUGUCAGAUAUGAAAAUGAGGAUUUGUAUAUUAUCUUUUUUUAAAAAAGAUUUUAUUUACUCAGGAGAGACACAGAAAGAGAGGCAGUGACACAGUCAGAGGGAGAAGCAGGCUCCAUGCAGGGAGCCUGAUGUGGGACUUGAUCCUGGGAAUCCAGGAUCACACCCUGAGCCAAAGGCAGAUGCUCAACCGCUGAACCACCCAGGCGUCCCUCUUUGCUAAUUAAUAAAGUUUAAGGCACAUAACUUUCAAGUAUGUCAUCCAUUCUAUUUCAGUGUCAACGUUUUAUGUGGACUUGGGAGGCAGAAGUGUGAAUCCAUAAUUUUUUUUCUUCAAAGGAGGCAUGCUGAUCCAGUGGAAAGGCUCAGUAGUGUCAUUGCUUCUGCCGGCUCCGUAAGUGAGGCAUAGCACCCUCUACAUAAUAAAAACCAAAAACAUGGAGACAUGGUUGGCCUAGUCACAGUGCUGAAUUUACAAUGUUGAAGAGACAUUCUCACCAUCCUUUGAGGAGUUUUUCACAAAGUAUUUUUUCUUUUGAUUAUUCACAAUGGAUCUGCUCAUUUUUGCAUGUUGCCUUCCACCCGUUUUACUUAAUUGUGGUCACAGUGCCUACACUUUUUCUUACUAUUUUCAUGACCUAGCAAAUGUGUUUCUGUAGAAUCCUUAGGAAAAUUUUAAAUGACAUGUAGAUGUGCACCCUUAUCAAAGUCUACUUUUGUUAGGAAAUUUGAAAAUACACAAAAAUGUAAAGAAAACAUACAAAAACAAUCUGGAUCCUUGUAGAAAAGACUUGUUCAGUUUGUCUCAUUCCGGUCAUAUAAAGAUCAUGCACAACGGAUGAAAAACAUUCCAUACCGUCAAUGAACCAUACUGCCUUCUAAAGUAACUCUCUAGUAAGGAUCCUGUUGAAUAGUUCUUGUUCCCGAGAGAUAUUUUCCCAAGGAUUAUCUGCUAGAAGUAGAGUGGCCGGUAACAGGAAUUUCUGACCGCGCUGCCCUCUGCUAACGUGGCUGGAAAGGUGACCAGGGUAGUAGGUCGUGUUGGAUCCUGCAUCCAUGCUAAGGCACGCUUCACUUUUCUCCUGUAAAAGUAGUUUGAGGAUCCAGUGAGGUAGCGAUUUCCUGGGUUUACAGAAUUACCGUCGUUCUCUCUGGCAGGAAUGCAAGGUCCGUGAAGGCAAAGGGCUAGGUCUCACGUCCCCAGACCUACAGAGCACAGUCGGGCGCAAUCAGCCGUAAGAAGCUUGAGCUUCCCGACGUCGGGGCACCGGCUCCUGGAGCUCCGCUCGCCCCUAGGUCAGUGGUCCGCGGAGCCCUUCCCCAAGAAACGGUGCGUCCGCCACUCACUGGAAGUCUGGCUCCGCGCCCCGGCUUCCCAGAGCGCAGGUGCGGCCUCGGGGCGCGCCGGCAAGGCCCGCGGGAACCGGCCGCCCGGGUCGCCGGCCGCCCCUCGCCCCGGGAGCCGCGGCCGAGCCCCGCGGGGCGCGCAGCCCCACGCCCCCGGCCCGCCCCGGGAUCGCGCCGCCGCUUGUUUACUCCCCGGCGCAGCCUAGUCCGACCCUGAGGCCCGCCCUCGCCCGCCGCCUAUUGGCGGAGGAGGCGCCAAGGCCGGCGACCAUUGGGCCGGGGGAGGCGGAGGGGUAGGCUGCGCGGGAGGCCGAGAGGGGGCAGCAGGCGAUGGCGGCGGCGGCGGCGGCGGCGGCGGCUCGUCGAGGCUGGUUGCUCGCCGCGCUGUGCCUGGGCGUCGCCGCCGGGGAGGCCGCGUCGGGCCCGCGGGUGCUGGGCGUCUGUCUGGAGGAAGACGGAGACGCGGACGCGGGGUGGGCGCGCGGAGGAGAGGCGCGGGCCGCCCCGGAGGCCGCCUUCCGCCUGCGCCUCUUCGGCUCGGGCUUGGCCAACAGCUCCUGGUCCUGGGUGGCCCCCGAGGGGGCGGGCUGCCCCGAGGGCGGGCCGGCCGCGACGCCCGGGGAGGAGGCGGCGGCGGCGGCGGCGGCGGCGGCGGCGGCCCCCGCGGGCGAGUGGCGCGCGCUCGCGCUGCUGCGCCUGCGCGCCGAGGCCGUGCGCCCGCAUUCGGCGCUGCUGGCGGUGCGCGUGGAGCCGGGCGGCGCGGCCGCGGAGGAGGCGGCGCCGCCCUGGGCGCUGGGCCUGGGGGCGGCGGGGCUGCUGGCGCUGGCGGCGCUGGCGCGGGGCCUGCAGCUGAGCGCGCUGGCGCUGGCGCCCGCCGAGGUGCAGGUGCUGCGCGAGAGCGGCACGGAGGCCGAGCGUGCGGCGGCGCGGCGCCUGGAGCCCGCGCGGCGCUGGGCCGGCUGCGCCCUGGGCGCGCUGUUGCUGCUGGCCAGCCUGGCGCAGGCGGCGCUGGCGGUGCUGCUGUACCGCGCGGCCGGCCAGCGCGCCGUGCCCGCCGUGCUGGGCAGCGCGGGGCUCGUGUUCCUCGUGGGCGAGGUGGUGCCGGCCGCCGUGAGCGGGCGCUGGGCGCUGGCGCUGGCGCCGCGCGCGCUGCUGCUCAGCCGCCUGGCCGUGCUGCUGACCCUGCCGGUGGCGCUGCCCGUGGGCCAGCUGCUGGAGCUGGCGGCGCGGCCCGGGCGGCUGCGCGAGCGCGUGCUGGAGCUGGCCCGCGGCGGCGGCGACCCCUACAGCGACCUCAGCAAGGGCGUGCUGCGCUGUCGGACCGUGGAGGAUGUGCUCACGCCGCUCGAGGACUGCUUCAUGCUGGACGCCGGCGCCGUGCUGGACUUCGGCGUCCUGGCCAGCAUCAUGCAGAGCGGCCACACGCGCAUCCCGGUGUACGAGGAGGAGCGCUCCAACAUCGUGGACAUGCUGUACCUCAAGGACCUGGCCUUCGUGGAUCCCGAAGACUGCACGCCGCUCAGCACCAUCACCCGCUUUUACAACCAUCCGCUCCACUUCGUCUUCAACGACACCAAGCUGGACGCCGUCCUGGAGGAGUUCAAACGAGGGAAGUCUCACCUGGCCAUCGUGCAGAAGGUGAACAACGAGGGUGAAGGUGACCCCUUCUACGAGGUGCUGGGCCUCGUCACCCUGGAGGACGUCAUUGAGGAGAUCAUCAAGUCUGAGAUCCUGGAUGAGUCUGAGGACUACCGAGAUGCCACUGUCAGGAAGAAGCCUGCUCCUCUGAGUGCCCCUCUCCGGCGAAAAGAGGAAUUCUCCUUGUUCAAGGUGUCUGACGAGGAAUAUAAAGUGAAAAUCUCGCCUCAGCUGCUCUUGGCCACCCAGCGCUUCCUGUCUCGAGAGGUGGAUGUAUUCAGCCCCCUGCGAAUCUCCGAGAAGGUCCUGCUGCACCUGCUGAAGCAUCCCAGCGUCAACCAGGAAGUGAGGUUUGACGAGAGCAACCGCCUGGCUGCACACCAUUACCUGUACCAGCGCAGCCAGCCGGUGGAUUAUUUCAUUCUCAUCCUGCAGGGCAGGGUUGAGGUGGAGAUCGGGAAAGAGGGCCUGAAGUUCGAGAACGGAGCCUUCACCUACUACGGAGUGUCCGCCCUGACAGCGCCGUCCUCGGUUCACCAGUCCCCAGUGUCCUCGCUCCAGUCCGUCCACCAUGACCUGCAGCCAGAGCCAGCCGAUGGUGCUCGCUUGUCUGCAUACUGUCCUGACUACACCGUGAGGGCCCUCUCCGACCUGCAGCUCAUCAAGGUCACGCGGCUGCAGUACCUCAAUGCACUCCUGGCCACUCGAGCCCAGAACCUGCCACAGUCCCCGGAGAACACAGACCUCCAGGUCAUCCCAGGCAGCCAAACCAGGCUGCUCGGUGACAAGACAGUCCCAGCAGCAGGGCCCAACCAUGGCAGACCCGGCCUCCCAGUGGAGGAGAGCCCUGGGCGGAACCCGGGGGUUUAACUGCUUGCCAGGCAGCCCCAGGUCUGGGUGAUGGACAAGCACGUGGGGAAGUGGAGAGCCGAGGAGUGGCUUCCUGUCAGCCCGUCCCCAUCCCCUCCAGGCCACGUUUUAGAUGGCCCUUAGAGAUGUGGGUCCUGGGCUGUCCUCAGAAGCAGACCUCAGUGCCAGGAGCCUUCAGCAGGUCCUGCCCUCCUUUAGGAAGUGGGGGUCAGUUGGGGCACAGCCUUCCGGGCCUGCUUCUGAAGGGAAUGAACAGAACACUGUCAUCUCUGGUCCCUAGGACCCAGCCUUCUCCCUGUGACAGUGCAGUGUAUUUAUACCUCUUUGGGCCAAGCCAUGAUGUGAGUGCACGAUUACGGCCUUUAUGUGGCCAUGACCUAUACUCACUUUGCUUUUAAUUUGCCAACCUGCUGCUGGCAGCACUUUUUGAGCGAACCAGGAGCACUAUUUGUGGCUGGGGGUUCACAUCCAUGGCCUGGGCUGCAGUGAACUAGUUGGCCUCCCUUACGGUGCCAUGUUUCAAAGCACGCGCCCCAGCCUGUUCCAUGUGCCAAACCUUGAAGCACGAUGACCCACCAAUAUGUCCCAGUGUCCGGCUCCCUCCUGUGGAGGUUGCUGCUUGGAGCCCCCAGCAAGUGAGCCGGCCCCUAGUGGCACAGGGGAGGCUGCUCGUUCCGCUUCUCUGUCUGUCCUGCUUGGUUGCCACUAACAGUAUUGUCAUUUUCUGUGUUUGAAGAAGAGAGGUCACACCGGGGAGGAAGGGGUGUGCUGCCCCUAACCUUUCUCAGUUGCUGGGUCCAGGGAGAGUAACCGACUUUGUACCUUCCCCCGUGGCUGGAAUUUUCACGGAGAGCAGCGAGGGAGGGAGGGCUUGGUUAUGAAACAGGUAGAUCCUCAGCCCCUUUCUUUAAUGACAACAUGACAUCAGUUUUUCUUGUAUCUCUGAAACAUUUCAGCUCAUUGCUUCUUUGCUGUUCUUAGCUACAGGGUUUUAGAGAAUUGGGAACAAGAAGGCACUUGUUUUCUUCUGCUUUACCCAUAUUUACGGUCUGCAGUUCUUCAGCUGUGUAGAAACUGGGGUAUUGCAGAGACCUGGGGUUGCAGAAGGGAUAGGGAAGGAGGAGUGUUUCUGGAACUUUUCUCAAAGGAAUUUGGGUCCCUUAUCCAGGACUGGUUAGGAAUGAAGGCCAGAGAACAGUGGCAUGCUGGCUUAGCAACUUCUCAAGGAAUUCUAAGAGCAAGCCCAGGUGGGAAACCUACUUUACGAUCAUCUUUCCCUGAACAGUGCUGCUUAACCUUGGCUGCACAUUAGAAUCACCUGGCAAACUGAAAAAUACUGAUACCUGGAACCCCCCCCCCCCGCCCCUUCCAGGGAGCCUGAUUUGAUUAUUCUAGGCAUCAGGAUUUUGUUUUUUGAAACAAUUUUAAUUUUUAAAAAAAUUUUUUUUUUUUAAGUAAGCUUCACACCCGGCGUGGGGCUUGAACUCCCAACCCUGAGAUCAAGAGUCAAGUGCUCUCCUGAUGGAGCGAGCCAGGCAUCCCUGAAACAGUUUUAGAGUCACCUAAGAGUUCCAUACACUCUUCAUCCAGCUUCCCCUAAUAACGUUUUACAUAAUCUGGUACAUCUAUCAGAACUAAAAAAAUUAACAUUGGUACAAAAUUCAAUUAGAUUUUAUUUGGAUCUUAUCAGUUCUUCCAAUAAUGUCCUUUUUCUGUUGCAGGAUCCAAUCCAGGAUACCAAGUUGCAUUUAGAGUUCUUCCUUUUUUCUUUCUUUUUUGAAACCAUUACAGAUUCUUAGGAAAUUGCAAGCUAGGGACCUUUCACCCGGUUUUCUUCAAUGGUUACUCUUAAACAUAGAAUACAGUAUCAAAACCAAGAAGCUAAAAAAAAAAAAAACAAAAAAAAAAAAAACAAAACAAAACCAAGAAGCUGACACUGGCACUAUGUGGGUGGAGCUUUCUCUGUCCUCACGGGUAGAUUUGUGUAGCUGCCACAGCAGUCUAGAUAAAUGACUGUCCCACCACCACGAGGCUCUCCCUCUGGCAUACCGUUAACCCACCCCACCCCCUCGGCCCCCAUCUCUAAUCCCUGGCAACCACUAAUCUAAUAUUUUGUCAUUUCAAGAAUGUUGUGUAAGUGGGAUCAUACAGUACGUAACCGCUCGGGAUUGGCUUUUUUCACUCAGCGUUAUAUUCUGGAGCUACAUCCAGGUUGUAGCGUGUGUCAAUAGCUCAUUCCUUUUGAUUGCUGCGUAGUAUUCCUUGAUAUACUCACUGUCCUGUGGAAGGACAUCUGAGUGGUUUCCAGUUUUUGGCUAUUCCAAAUAAAGCUGCUAUGAACAUUCAUUACAGGUUUUUGUGUGGAUAUUGGUUUUCUGAGGUAAAUGUCCAGUAUUACAGUUGCUAGGUCGUGUGGCUGUUGCAUGGUUCGUUUUUUAAAGAAACUGCCACAUGUCUUUAGAGUAUACAAUUCUACGUUUCCACCAGCAGCAUGUGAGUAAUUGAGUUUCUCUGAAUCCUCAACUCAUUUGGUAUUAUCACCAUUUUUUAGCCAUUCUGGUAGGUGCAUAGUGAGAUCUCGUGGUUUCCAGUUGUAUUAACAUAAUGGCUGAUGUGUAUCUUUGUGUGCUUAUUUUGUGAACUGUUCUUGUUUUUCACCCAUUUCUAGUUGGAUUGUUUGGUCUUAGUUCUCAGAGUUCUUUAUAUAUUCUAAAUACUAGUCCUUUGUUGGCUUUUUGGGUUUGCAAAUAUUUUCUCCAAGCCUUUAGUUUAUUCUUUCAUUCUCUUAACAUAUCCUUUAUAGAGCAAAAGUUUAAUUUUGAUGAAGUUUAGUUUACCGGUUUUUCUUUUAUGGAUUGUGCAUUUGGUAUCAUGUCUAAGAAUUACCUAGCCCUCCUGGAUCCCAAAGAUUGUCUCCUAGGUUUUUUUCCUAAAAUUUUUAUAGUUUUGGAGCACUUAGGUGGCUCAGUCCUGUUAAGGAAUCUGCCUUUGGCUCAGGUCAUGAUCCCAGGGUGUUGGAAUCAAGCCCCACAUCGGGCUCCCUGCUCAGCAGGGGAAGUCUGCCUCUCCCUCUGCCUGUUGCUUCCCCUGCUUGUGCUCGCCCUCACGCUCUCUCAAAAUUUAAAAUUUUUAGUUUUCUACUUGAAGUCUGUGGCCCAUUUUGAGUUAAUUUGUAUAAGAUUUAGGUCAAGGGUUUAUUUUUUUUAUUUUUUUUAUUAUUUUUUAUUUAUUUACGAUAGUCAUACAGAGAGAGAGAGAGAGAGGCAGAGACACAGGCAGAGGGGGAAGCAGGCUCCAUGCACCGGGAGCCUGACGUGGGACUCGAUCCCGGGUCUCCAGGAUCGCGCCCUGGGCCAAAGGCAGGAGCCAAACCGCUGCGCCACCCAGGGAUCCCAGGUCAAGGGUUUAUAAUUUUUUUUAGCUUAUAGAUGUCCAGUUGUUCUAGCACCAUUUGUUGAAAAGUCUUUCCUCUGUAGAAUUUUCAUUUACACCUUCAUCCAAAAUCGGGUGGGCAGAUUUGUGUCUGUUUCUGGGUUGUCUCCUCUGUUCUGUUGAUCUGUGUCUGUCCCUCCAUGAAUUACCCCAUUGUCUUGAUUACCUGUAGCUUUAUAGUAAAUUUUGAAAUUGGGUAGACUGGUUCUUCCCACUUUACUUUUCAAAAUUGUUUCAGCUAUGAGGUUUUUGUUUUUUUUGUUUGUUUGUUUGUUUUUUUAGAGGUUUAUCUAUUUAGAGAACAGGGGGAGGGACAGAGAAUUCUGAAGCAGAUACCCCACUGAGCGAGCAUGGGGUCCAACAUGGGGCUAGAUCCCAGGACCCUGAGAUCAUGAUCUGAGCCAAAAUCAAGAGUCUGGUGCUUAACCAACUGAGCAACCCAGGUGCCCCUUAGUUAUGAGUUUUUAAAUCAUCUUAACUAUAUCUACAAAAAAAAAAAAAAUCUUGCGAUAUUAGGUAGGAGCUGCAUUAAACCUGUGUAUCAAUUUGGGGAGAAUUGACAUCUUUUACUAGGUCUCAUCUUCCUAUCCUCAAACAAGGUGUUUCUCCCAUGUAAGUCCUCUUUGAUUUUAAUCAUUAGUGUAUUGUAGUUUUCAAAAGUCCUUAAAUGUUAGAUUUACAUCUACAUGUUUUUAAAGGCAAUUUUAAAUUAAAUUUGAUUUUCAUGGUG